AUGACAGUUUCUCGUGCUACAGCAAGUGCAAGCAAAGCAUUGAAUGCGGAAAUUGUACCGGCUAUUCUCGGCUUUAAACACAUCAGUGUGGAAAAAUUAAUACAACAAUAUAUCACAACAAUAUCAAAAGAAUUAUUGACGGAAGGAGACGAUGUUCCUUCUUGCAGAUGGAACUUAGCUUUACAUCCAGAUUAUUCAAAAAUUGGCGCGAGUUAUCCUGAAGCAUGUCCUUUAACCAAUUUGGAAGAUGUCUUGAAAUGGGUAGAUGAGAAAGAUAUAUUGAUGCUUGAUAGGGGCUUUCGCGAUUGUGUUGAUGUGAUAGAGGCCCUUAGCUUAGAUGUUGUAAUGUUAUCAUUUCUUCAUAGUCAAAAGCAACUCGAAACAAGUGAAGCUACUAAAUUACGAUUUGUUACCAAGAUCAGGUGGAUUGUUGAGAGUGUAAGUGUAUGUUUAAAUAAAUCUAUUAUAUGUGAAUAUGGACAAAUUAUAUGUGGUGAAAAAUGCUUUUUACCAUCGGUAUUUGAACAAUGUAUCGACGACAAAAUUGAAUGUUCAAAUAAAGAAAUGAAAAUGUGUGGAACAAAUCGUUGUUAUCAUCCACAAUUACAAAAAUGUUUCAAUGAUAAUAUCAUUUGCAAAGCUAAUUUCGAAUUAUGUGGUUCAGAAUGUUACAAUCCGGAAUAUGAUGAAUGUUGGAAAAAUAAGACUUUAGUCCCUUUGAACUCGUUAAUGUGUAAUGAAUAUAGACCAUAUAUACCGUCUAGUGAGAUUUGUUUUAAUAAUACAACUGUCUGUCCAAUAGAAUACGUACCAUGUGAAGGUGUAAAAUAUCCGUGCUGGCAUCCUCUGGCAACCAGUGAACAGUGUUUACUAACGGAGAAAACUCAAUUAUGCGGGGAAACCAACUUUACUAUCGAUAAAUAUGGCCCAACUAAACUAUGUUUCGCAAACAAGUAUAUCUGUCUAUAUGGACAAAUUCUGUGUGAUAAAAAAUGUUUUCGACCGGACCAAAAUCAAACUUGUGUGAAUAAUAAAAUAAAAUGCACAACAGAUGAAAUGAAACUAUGUCAUAAUCAAUGCUACGAUCCGAAAAAAUUGUCCUGUCACAAUAAUCGUACACUAUGUAAAAUGGAUCAAAUGGCUUGUGGUCUUGAGUCCUACCAGUGUUAUGAUCCUACUGAAAAACUCUGUUUUAAUGACAGUCAUUUAUGUUUAGUAGGUCAACAACCAUGUGGACAGCACGAUUGUUACUAUCCUCUAUUUGAAACAUGUUCUAAUCUGACAACAGUUUGCCCGUUAGGCUAUCAAGCAAUUCCUGAUAAAAAAACAAAAUCUUACUAUUCUUCAUAUCUUUGCAUUCAUCCUGAUUCUGAUGAAAUUUGUAACAGUGCCGUUUAUGGAAAUGGAGCUACAUGUCGAUUUACUCCUGAUCGUGAAUGUGAUGAAAGACAGUGUUAUACUAGACCGUACAAUGAUGAAGGAUGUGUUUGUUUUAAUAAAACUCUUACAUGUCGAAAUGGACAGCAACCAUGUGGAAAUCAGUGUUAUUCUUCUAGAUAUGGACAAAUUUGUAUAGACAAUAGUACAGUCAAAUGUCGAGACUCAACAAACGUUCUCUGUGUUGGAACAAACAAAUGUUAUUCACCAUUAACUUCAAUCUGUUUUAAUGAUACUGGUAUGAUUUGUCCGCUGGGUAGUGAGCCAUGUGGAAAUCAACUCUGUUUUGAUCGUCAGAAAAAUGAAACAUGUCAUCAUAACGAGGAAAUGGACACAUAUCUUGUAUGUGCACAAGGUCUCGUACCUUGUAAUGGAUACUGUCAUGAUCCAUUCUCAGAAUACCCGUGUUACCCGUCAUUUCUCAAUGAAUUCGCAUAUUGUCCGCAGACUUAUAAACGUUGUCAUGGAACAUAUGGACGAUGUUAUUAUGAAAAUAGUCAAGAUAUGUGCGACAUAGGGGAUUUCUGGUACUCUUAA